AUGGAUUCUUACGGACCAGAUAGAGUCAUUCUAUACCAGCAAAAAGGUCACGAUUUGUGGUUCAAUAGAAUCAAAAUGUCGCCCACACCAGGAAAGGUUGUUUACCUAAAAUCAGCGUACAGACUGUCCAGCCAGACUGUCUGUAAGGUUUCCGCUUUAAGCAUUAAGACAACAUCGUCACAACCAAAAAAUCAAACAAAUGAUGAGAACAAUAUUAAAAUAUAUGACUAUAAGACAUCAGUUCUAUUAGCUUUCAAUGUACUACAACAACCUGAAAAAGAGCAAGAGAAAAAACUAUUGAUAACUGAAUUAGGGGACCUAGAACCUGUGGUCUAUGUUGAUCGCGAAGGGGAAGAACACUACUUGCUGGCUGCGCCAAAAGGGAACAUCCCCCAGUCUUCUUUACCUCACACAGAUACAAGAUACCAAAAUAUAGGAUUAUGCUUAAUUGAUAAUGAGAAUUCUAAAAAAUUAGUGUUGGGAGCAAAACCCGUGAACGUUUUGCUUGCUUCGUCUACACGUCUGAAAAGCAAUCAAUUACCGAUUGUUGGUGCCUCUAGCUCGAAUGGGUUUAUGCCAAGUAGGGUAACAAGGGUUUUUAUUGAAAAGCGCAAACUUAAAGAAAUUGAAAUAAUGAUGAAAGCAAAUACACAACUUGACGAAAUUAAAUCCUCUAAUCAACAUGUACUCUACCCGUUCGAUGAACAUUCUCAGUUUCGCCAACUAAGAUCCAAGCUUGAUCGAUUGUCCACCUACACGUGUUACCGAUUUUCGUUCAAAUUUACCGAUGAUGCUCGAAAAAGACCUUGGACAAUAUGGACAAUCGAAUAUCGCUCACAUACUUAA